CCCUCUGACGACGCUACCCAUGGCUGACUCGGCUGGGCCGCGCUCCGCCCGCCUCAAGGCCCGGACUCCCCGCGCUUCUCGAAACGCCACAGGUGCUAAACAGACAAAUGCCUUAAAACAAGAAGAUACUUCUAAAAGGAAAGCAGAACUAGAAGCAGCUGUGAGAAAGAAGAUUGAAUUUGAGAGAAAAGCUCUACAUAUUGUUGAACAGCUUUUAGAAGAGGAUAUUACAGAAGAAUUCCUAAGGGAGUGUGGGAAGUUCAUCACACCUGCUCACUACAGCGAUGUCGUGGAUGAGCGUUCUAUUAUCAAGCUCUGCGGUUAUCCUUUAUGUCAGAAAAAACUAGGAAUUGUACCAAAACAGAAGUAUAAGAUUUCUACCAAAACCAAUAAAGUCUAUGAUAUUACUGAAAGAAAGUGUUUUUGCAGCAAUUUUUGUUACAAAGCAUCUAAGUUUUUUGAAGCACAAAUUCCUAAAACUCCAGUAUGGGUUCGAGAAGAGGAAAGGGAUCCUGAUUUUCAACUGCUACAGGAAGGACAAAGUGGCCAUUCUGGAAAGGAAGUACAGCUAUGCACUAAGGCCAUUAAAACAUCAGAUAUUGACAAUCCUGGCCAUUUUGAGAAGCAUUAUGAAUCUAGUUCUUCUAGCACUCAUAGUGACAGUAACAGUGACAAUGAGCAAGACUUUGUUUCCUCCAUUCUACCAGGAAACAGACUGGUAGAUGCAAUGGGUGUAAGUCCAAAGGUGCACAAAAAAAGCAUAAUGAAAAAGAAAGCCGGCCAUAAAGCUAACUCCAAGCAUGAAGACAAAGAACAGACAGUAAUAGAUGUCUCUGAGCAGCUAGGCAAUUGCACAUUAGAUAGUCAGGAGAAAGCUGCUGCUUGUGAACUUCCUUCACAGAAAGUAAGUACUCAGAUUUCUCCCAAUAGUCCUUUGCAAGAAAAAGUAGAAGUUUCAGAAAAUUCUGGAAAUAAAUACAGUAGUUCAAAAGUAACUCUAGUAGGCAUAAGUAAGAAAAGUGCUGAGCAUUUUAAGAGAAAGUUUGCCAAAUCAAACCAGGUUUCUAGAUCAGCCUCUAAUUCAGUGCAGAUGUGCCCUGAAGUUGCAAAGGCAAACUUACUUAAAGUCCUGAAGGAGACUUUGAUUGAGUGGAAGACAGAAGAAACUUUGAGGUUUUUGUAUGGCCAGAAUUAUGCUUCUUUGUGUCUGAAACUCUCUUCAGCCUCUCUGGUUAAAGAAGAAGAACUUGAUGAAGAUGACAUAGAUUGUGACCUAGACAGACAUUCUCCUUCCCUGCAGGGAUCUCAGAAUAGCUUGGAUGAGUCUUUACCUUUUAGGACUUCAGAUACAGCCAGUAAACCACUACCAAGUUAUGAGAAUUUGAAAAAAGAAACUGAAACCUUAAAUCUAAGGAUAAGGGAGUUUUAUAGAGGACGAUAUGUUUUGAAUGAAGAAACUACCAAAUCACAAGACUCAGAAGAGCAAGAUCCCACCUUUCCGCUGAUAGAUUCAAGUUCUCAGAACCAGAUUAGAAAACGCAUCGUACUUGAAAAGUUGAGUAAAAUUUUGAAAAAUGUAAAAGUUUACAUGGAUGUCUUUGCCUGAGAAAUUGGAAUUUUUAAGAUAUAUUGCCAAGAAAAUAUUGAAAUUAAGUUUUGUGCAGAAGACACAGAAGCACAUAAUAAAAGUUGAGAAUAUGGGAGUAGAAAACCAAACUAUGUCACCUCCACUUAAUAAUCCAGUGAAGUCAGGGAAAAAAUAUCAAAGCUAGACCAUUUAAAUACUGAUUUGUGGUAUAUGUGUCAUAUCAGUUUCACAUGUGAAUGAAACUUUAUGAAGUUUUAACGGUCUGUUAACUCACUCUGCAUACAUAUUUAUUUAUAGAACCAUUUCACACUCAGCAACUUAAGAGUUUUUGUUCAAGUCAACUUUGCACUUUAGUUUUAAGCUUCCCGUCGUGGAAAUUAUUUUUCUUGUAAUUGCCCAGUGAUGAAUGACAUUUAAAAUUGUAAUCUUGAUUUGUCUUUCAAAGGAAGUUUGAAAAAUCUUUUUUCCACAGGUGUAAGGGCUGUCUUGAACUUUUAAAUCUCCACUUUCUUUCUUGAGGAGAAAAAUGUAAGGGUGUUUUCAGUCAUUGUUUAAGGUGUGCAUAUGGAUUAGGGGCACCUGGCUGACUCAGUCGGUACAGCAUGUGACUCUUGAUCUCAGGGUUAUGAAUUCGAGCCCCAUUUGGGUGUAGAGAUUACUUAAAAAUAAAAUCUAAAAAGUGUGCAUAUAGAUUAGUCUUAAUUUUGUAGUAGUUCAAAACUAAGAAAAACAUAAUCUUCUGGAAGCCUUGGUAUUUUGAGCAGCUUGCUUCUGUAAGUUUUACAUUUUAAAUAAUUAUUUAAAUUAAUAUUUGUUGAGUGCCUAUUAUGUUAAGCUUCUCAUAGACAGUAAAGCUGUUUUUAGUUUUGCCUUUUAUAUGGUCCUAUACUUAGACAUUGUUUCUGUGUAAUAUUAGGUUAGAAAACAGUAAAAGUCACCAUCUGUCUGAUUCAUAGGACAAGAAGAUAUCAAUCCUUGACUGUAGUUAUAUAGAUUUUAAAUGUUAGUAUGGAUUAUUGAUACUGGUAUGUAAUCAGUAGAUAAGGAUUUAUCGGAAAAUAAUUUUCUAGACAUUUCAGCUAAUGAAAGGACCCAGUUUUAAAUUUAAGACCACAUAGCUAUGCCAUUGAAGGAAUUCUAUUCCUCCUGGGUUUUGGCUGCAAUAGAUGACAAAAGGAGCCCUGCCAGAAGACCAAAUUAUUGAUAAUAGCUCAAGAACUAAAUGUGAGAAGAGGUGGAAUAACUUUAAAGAGAAAGAAACACAAAGAACACUAAAAACAAAAUAAUUAUUGACACAGAGGUUUUUUUGGUUGUUUAUGCAAGUAGUUGAGGUUUUCUUUGUUAUAAAAUGAAGAUAUUUUUAAAAAUAAUAAAAAAAUAAAAAUAAGACCUUUUGGUUUUUGAUUAGAACAAACCAAUUGUAAACAGACUUUUUUUUGUUUUUUGGAUAACUGGAGAAAAUGAAAUAUGUACUGGGUAUUAGGUGAUAUUAAGGAAGUGUUAAUUUGGUUAGGUAUGAUCAUUUUAUUAUGAUUUUGUAAGAAAAUGCUGCUGUAUUUUUUAAAAAAGAAAGAAAAUGCUGUUGUAUUUAGAGAUAAAUAAGGAAAUAUUUAGGGAUCAAAUUACAUGUCAGGGAUUUACUUUUUUUUUUAAUUUUUUUUUAAUGUUUAUUUUUGAUAGAGAGA